AUGAACCCGCAUUCAACGUUGCGCCUAACCGACCAAAAAAACACAAAAUCAACAGUAAUCCCAUUUAAGCUUAUCCGAUAUAAGCCUAAAGUUGAGUCCCAAAUUCUCAUUACUAACCGAAAAGAAUUAACAAAGUACAUUCCGCAUACUCCUAAACACCACCACACCUCUUCUUUGCAGCUUUCAAGUACCAUUGAUUCUUCUGUAAAAAAAUCUUUUUCAACUGAUAUUUCUUCAAUAGACCUAAAUUCUUUCAUAAAAGAAACCCCAAAAAAAAGCCUCAGCCCAAACAUCUCCGCAAAUAUUUCACGUAUCGAAACAUUGAGGUGAAAACCUCAAAAAUCUCUCCCAAAAAUAAGCCUUUCUCAAAUAAUGAAAGAUAAAAGAACAAAUAAUAAAGAGAGGACCAAUGCAAAGGAAAUUCAGACAUCGCAUUCAUCGUCAUUUUCUAAAACAUUUUCAACAUUUUUAAAUCAGCCAGAAACAAUUAAUUAUCAGUGCAUACCAAGCCAAGAUGUAUUUCACCCUAUUAUUUUGCCUGGGAUAAAUAUAGGCUCAUGAGUUUUAAAAGAAACUCAUGGGUCAAAGCCAUGUAGCAGGGAAGGAAGCCAAAUUGUGUAUGCUAAUAAUAAAGUUUAUCUUUAUGGUGGACAAAGCAGAACUUUGCAUCCUGAUAUGAGGGAGCUUGAUUUAAUCACUUGAAAUUGGAAAAUAAUUAAUACACAAUAUGCACCACAAGGAAAAAUAGGCCAUUCUGUUAUUUUAUACAAAAAUAAACUUAUAGUUUAUGGAGGAUACUCUUCACAUGCAAAAAACGGAAGCAGAAGAUGCUCAAGAAGAUUGCAUAUUUUGUCAUUAAAUGACUAUAAAUGGCAAACUUAUUUAGGAAGUGGGGCAGUGCCUCCACCAAGGAGAAAUCAUUCAGCAGCCAAAUUAGGAAAAUAUAUGUUUAUCUAUGGAGGGAUUGGCCAAGAUGGGAUCCCAUCUGGUGGUUUGUAUAUAUUUGAUAUGAAGACUCAAGAAUGAAAGCUGCCUGAAGUAUAGAGGUUUCCUCUAUAUAGCGCUAAAAGCGCAGACAUUUUCCCAGGAGCUUUCCAAGUUCGUCGGACCAAAUCGCUUUUUGGUCCGACCAAGGCAUUGAUUUGGUGCAACCUACCGAUAAAUUCCGAUCAGAAUUUAUCGGCCUUACAGCGCCAAACAUAGGAAACUUCUAUAGUCGUUUUUGAUGAUCCAGGCUGCAGAAGUCAUGCUUCUUUAACAGCAGUUUUCGAUGACGAAAUCUUAAACGAUAACAAACAGUCACUUUUUUUUAGUCACAAACAGUCAAAUUCAAUGGGAAUUGCUAAUAGCGGCUUUUAUCUAUUCGGCGGCUUAGACCUAAAUGGCCAACCCUGCAACUCUCUGUUUGGGCUUUAUUUAAGAAAUGGCCAAUUUAUAUGAAUGGAAAUUCGAGGAGGAAAUAAAGCACCUCCUGCUCGUUAUUCUCACACCGCAACUGCAAUUAAGCAUAAAAUUUUUAUUUUUGGAGGCAGAAAUGACAGCUUAUUUCACACAACAGGAAACUCCUGCUUAGAUGAUGUUCAUAUAUUUAACGUAGAUACCUUACAAUGAGAUUCUAUAGAAAUCUAUGGAAAUUGCCCUGAAGGCCGUUGGGGUCAUUGUUCAACGAGUUUUGAGUCAAAGCUAAUAAUACUUGGAGGGAUGAAUCAUAGGAACUACAUGUCUUCAGAUUUCUAUUAUUCCUAUCUAAGCAGAAUUAAUUUUUAUAUAAAAUAAACCAAUAAAAUAUUCAGUUUCUUUUAAUGGAAUAUCUAGAAACUGAUAGAAAUCUUAUAGAUGAGAGUAUGCUUUAUGGAGACCAACUAGAAAGCAAAUACGAAACAUAA